GAGUUUUUCGCCAAAUCGAGUUUUUCCGCCAAAACCGAGAAAAUUGAGUUUUCUGUCAAAAUCGGGAAAACGAGUUUUUCCGCCAAAAUCGGAGAAAUCAAGUUUUUCGCCAAAACUGAGAAAUCGAGUUUUCCGCCAAAACCGAGAAAUUGAGCUUCCCGCCAAAACCAAGAAAAUCGAGUUUUUCCCGCCAAAAUCGGGUAACGGCGUUUUCCGAAAUCGAGUUUUUCGCCAAAACCGAGAAAUCGAGUUUUUUCACCAAAACCAGAAAAUCGAGUUUUUCCGAUAAAACAAGAAAAUCGAGAUUUCUCGUCAAAACCGAAAAAUCGAGUUUUUCGUCCAAAACCGAAAAAUCGAGUUUUUCGUCCAAAACCUGGAAAUCAAAAUUUCUCGCCAAAAUUUGAAUAUUAAGUUUUCCCGCCAAAACCGGAAAAACGAGUUUUCCGCCAAAAUUGCAAAUCAAAUGUUCUCAACAAAAUGACUUUUCCCGUCAAAACUGCAAUAUUCUAGUUUUCCGCUAAAAUCGUAUGAUUUUCCGCAAAAAUCACAAAAAUCGAGUUUUUCGUCAAAAUCUCAAAAUUGUGUGUUUUCACCAAAAAAAUGCAAAAACUUAAUUUUUUUGUUGAAAUCUUAUUUUUGGCCAUAACCGCGAAAAUUUAAUUUCCCGCAAAAUUUUGUUCCACAAAACAUUGUUUGAUUAUAUUAUAUAUCUUUUAAUGAUAUUACUAUAAUUAUUUUUUUUCUGUGAGCAACUUACUAUAAUUAUCUAAAUCAGAUGUUAAUAUUAUUUGCUAGUGUUUUAAAAGAUAUUACAAAAUGGACUAACUCUGAUCUAACCCUGACCCAACCUUUCAUGCAUAUAUUAUUAGGGCUGAAAUAUGAUUAGAGCUAGAAUAUGGUUGAGUUUAUAUUUUACAGGGCUGGACUGGGCUAGAAAACCCAAUAUAACAUCCAUACUCCUAGUAAUAAUGAUUCCAUCCACCGAAGAUCUACGUUAGGCAUUUCAUCGAACACCUUUUUAGCAUCAGCAACUUCCCGUACAUUUCACGUAAAACGCAACAAACUUAGCUGCAACUCGCGCCAAGCUUGAAAACCCAGAUGUCACCAGAAGAUCAUAGAAGCUUUCUUCCUCGGCAAAGAAGCAAUUAUGUUCAUGGGUGAAGUCGUGAAGAUCAAAGCUUCGAACGUUUUAUCAAACAAACAAGAAGAGAGUUAGAGGUUAGGUUAGUUAGACAAGAACGGUACGGUUAUUAUUAAACCGGAAACCAGAAAGGUCGGUUAAGAGAAACCCGAAUUCGAUUAUCCAAAAAGGAAGACAUUCGAUCCAUUGAGACAAGAGGAAACUAUGUUCGCAACAUCUUGUGUUCUGUCUCCAACACCACAAAGCUUCUUCCUUUCGCCUCAUCUUCCUCAAAUCCAAUUCCUUUAUCCGAUAAAAUUUCUGGGUUUUCCUGUAACGAAUCGGUGCAACGUCGGCGGUUCGUUCUAUAACCGACGGAGAUGUGAUGAAAGACGAAGGAGGAAUCGAAUCAUAGUACCUCGAGCUAGAGCCUCCUCUCCUUACGAGGUUCUUGGUGUGUCCCCAUCAGCGACUCCUCAAGAUAUAAAGAGGGCUUACCGCAAACUUGCUCUCAAGUAUCACCCUGAUGUUAACAAAGAGGCGAAUGCGCAGGAGAAGUUUCUGAGGAUAAAGCAUGCGUACACCACUUUGAUUAACUCUGAGUCACGGCGUAAGUACGGUUCAGAUACUCGUGCUUCUGGUUACUCCUCUACGGGUCAAACAAGCCGGAAAAGCAACAGUCAAGUCGAGGAAGAUUUCUAUGGACUUGGUGAAUUCGUGAAGGAUGUUCAAAUAACAAUAGGGGAUUUCUUUAAAGAUCUUCAAGAAGAGUUCAAGAACUGGGAAGCUAGCGCUUCUUCACAAGGGAAACCCAAAAGUCUUUGGGAGGAACUAGCGGAAAUUGGGGAAGAGUUUGUGGAGUUUCUUGAGAAAGAACUUAACAUAAGCGAUAGAGACAAUGAUGGAUCAAGCAAAAGUGGAGAAAGAUUUGAUUUUAAAGAAAGCUCCUCAACGGGGAAAUCGCCAGGGGAUAGUAGUAAUAGCACGGAGAACAGUAUAGAAGAGAAUAUUGAUGAGAUUGAAGCAAUGCUAGCUCAGUUGAAAAAAGAUCUUGGCUUGCAAUAAUAAUAAUAAUAGUCCCAAAAGUUGCAGUGAAAUGUUCUCUUUUUUUAGCUGGUUUAGAUAUUUUGAUGUUUCUUUCUUUCAAGCCAUGAAAGAUUUUGUCUCUACAGGUGUUAAGAACGUGUAUAUGUUAUAGAAUAUUGUUUCAUGAAAGCAAAUUAUGUUUUAUAUA